AAGUUUGAUUGACAACCAAAAAUAACCAUUAAAUUAAUGGGAUUUGAUUCAUCCCUGAUUAAAGGCGCCUCUGUCGUCUCAGCCAUUCUCUCCAUAAUUCAACACAAAACCUCAAGAGUUUCCCAGGGAUUCUAACAAAGGUUUGUAACCUAAAGAAUGGGUUGCUGCUGCUGCUGUUUCCCUAUUCUACCUGAAAGCUCAAGAAGUAUAGAUGAGCAUGUUCCUUUAUCUCACGCCUCUUCUUCCUCUGUGGUACUACCUACUGGAUCAGUAAAUACAAACUUGGCUUCUAAUAUAUACACUGCAGCGCUUCAACCUCCUCUUCCUGUAUCAUUCUCCCCGAGAAAUCCAUCCAAAUUGCCAACAAUAACUCAGAGCAAUUCUAGCCAAGAAGCUAAACACAUACUUCCAGAGAAGCAAACAUGGCCUGUUGCUGUUGGUGAUCAAAUUGAUAUUAAUCUGAAGAAAAAAGAUCAAGAAACCAUAGACGAGUGUCCCAUUUGCUUAGAAGAAUAUGAAACAGAGAACCCGAGACUGCUCACUAAAUGUCGCCAUGAUUUUCAUCUCGCAUGCAUUCUUGAAUGGAUGGAAAGAAGCGAAGCUUGUCCAGUUUGUGACCAGGAGUUGGUACUCCCUGAGUCAUAAUCAAGAACAAGAAACAGAGAGAAUGGAACAAGAAGUGUGUGAAGAAAAAGGUACAUAAGAUUUGAUUUAGACCAGCAUUAGAUGAUAAGUGUUAUGUUAUAUGAUGAACAUUGUUACUUAAUUACAUUGACAAGCUUUGAAUUCUCCUUCUGUGUU